AUGGUAAUAGAUGCUGGGGGUGGUACUAUAGAUAUCACUGCACAUAUCGAAGUUGAUGGUAGUAUUGUAGUUGAGAAUAUACCAACUGGCAAUGCAUGGGGUGGUACGCAGAUUAAUGAAGCUUUUGCUAAAAUUCUUGAAGGUAUAGUUAAUGAUCCUGGAUUUGAAAAGUACUUAGCUUCUGGAGACCAAGCUCAAAAAAGGGGCGAUAUCAUUAAAAUAGUUUACAAUGAAUUUGAAAUUGAUAAAUUGAACUUUGGAAAAGAGGACACAGAAGAAAUUCGCGUUUCAUUACCAAACCGUUUUGUUAAGUUUUAUGAUAGGGCUCUUGAGGCUGGCGUGAAGAGAAGAAGUGGUAUCGAUUAUGAAGAUGAUAUAUUAUAUAUCUCCAAGGAUGUAGUGGAAUCUGAGUUGUUUGGUCCAGCACUAAAAGGUAUAAUAGAGUGCACUUUACAAGCUAUUGAGGAUAAUGAUACCGAUCUUAGCACCUUUUAUUUGGUUGGUGGGUUUGGAGGGUGUAAGUAUGUAAAACGGAAGGUCACAGCAGCUAUAGAAAAAAGCUUUCAUGGCCAGGGUCGUUCUUGCAAUGUGAUAGUACCUUGUACUCCUCAAUUAGCUGUUGCCACAGGAGCUGUAAUGUGGCGUAUGAAUCCAGAGAAGAUCAAAGCAAGACGAUCUGAUGCUACUUAUGGGAUAGGAGUGUCUACAUCAUUUAAAGAUGAUGAGCAUGAUGAGCAUUACAAGUUUUAUAAUGAAGAGCAAGAAGAAUAUAAAUGUAGUAGCGUAUUUGAUGUGUUUUUAGAAAAAGGUGAGCUGGUACAAACAGAUCAAGUCAUUACCACAAGUUUAACACCAUCUUAUCAGUCAGAUGAGCAAGCUCACAUUACAAUCUAUUCCACUCCUAAUCUCGGAGUUCAAUACACGGAAGAUAAAAAUGGCAAAAGCACAGUUACAAAAAUAGGCCAAUUAGUUAUCGAUAUUCCUAAUCCUGAUAAUGUACCAAGAGAUGAGCGUCACAUCGAUAUCACUAUGGAUUUCAGUGGUACAGAGAUUCAAGCUAAAGCAAAGUAUCGUAUUAGUGGAGAAGAAGUUAAAACUGUUUGUGACUUUCUUUCUGCUCAAAAAAAUUAG